CUUAGCCAGAGGGUUCUUCAAUUCCGUCUAGUUCUUCAAAUUAACUUGCACGUUUCACCAACACCCCUCCGUUGGUAGAUAUCUAUAUAUAUAUAUAUAUAUAUAUAUCCGACAGUUGUUUCGCACGUCAAUAGGCUAAUUUUCCUUUGUGUGUGAGGUGCGACCUUGUUACCGUUUUAACACAUUUUGAUACCGUUGAAUCAAAUCGGAUCUCCUUGAAUUACAAAGCAUCCCGUCUAGUUUAAGUAGCUUUGACCCCUUGAUCAUCGCGCGCGCGUCUGAACUUGAAGACCCUGUGACAACCAAGAAGUAUAAAAUGUCUGUUUCUCUAGAGCCCGCUACAGAGGCAGCUCGAGAAGCAUUCCAAUCAUUGUCUCUAUCGAUCCCCAUCGAUACAUCGCGUUACCAAUAUUUAUGUGUUUUUCUUGACCGAGUUUUAAACCUUCGAGAUGAACGCGCCAUCCUACGUGAUUCUGAUAAGUCUGUUCAGGAUACCCCACUCGCCUCCUCCACAGUUUCCACCGACACGUCAUCAGCACCUGAAGUGGUACCCAAUGUGGUAUUCCCAAGUGAAAUAUGGUUAAAUGAUCAAUUGGGAGUUCGAGAUAUUAAAAUCAAAAACUCGGUACUUCAAGAAAUUAAUUCCUUGCUAGAACGAGAAGUUGCAAAUACCCAAUCUGGAACCCCAGUUCAUAUUGAUUCCAAUGUCUUGAGUUAUUAUGAAAAGCUUUUAACUGCGUAUAGAUUUCUUGAACCACCCGUGUAUCAAGAUGCAGUGACUACUUCACCCGGUGCUGGUGGUGCCCGUACUACCAUGGGAGUUGCUGGCGAUUAUGCACUCAAGGAGGAAGAUGAUGAGGAACCGGUGGAGCCGGUCACACCGUUAACAACUCUGAUUGCCAGAACCCCUUCGAACCAAUCAUCUACAAACUCUCUCCUGAAGACAUACCAUUCAUUGUUUGGUGCUAGUGCAACCCUGUUAACCAAUGGAGCUACAAACACCCCGCCAUCAAAUGGUACUGCACCAUCCACCAAUGGCGGUGGGUCUACUUUCUCCACUGCGAAUGUGAAUCAAACUACGUCACCUACAACAAACAUCCCUGCUGGAUCAAGGUUUACAAGAAAGAAGCGCUUUCUGACCCUUUUGGGUCAUCAACCAACGAUAGAGCAAUCUAACCUGGAGACUCCUCCAUCUGAAUCAAAUGAUGAUGAUCCAAAGAGACAACAAUCACUUAAUUCUCUCUUGACAAAGUCAAGAAUUUAUAAUAAGAUACGAAAGAAUCGAGAUCUGUCUGCUUCAAGUACUUCGAUUAUUUCUAAUCCGACCAGUAUCUCACAUAGUAACCGGAAUAGUAUCACCACAACCAUGACCAGCAGCUCCAAACGUCGGGGAUCUCUUCAGGCCCCGUACGAUGAAAGUCGUUCAUCCAUUGUUUUUGGAGGUAAUACAAACACAACUUCAAGACAUUCAUCAAUGAUAUCAAUCUCGGGAUUGACUAUAGCACAAAGAAAUGAAAUCCAAAAGAAUAAAUAUGAAUAUUAUGUACAAUUGAAACGAUUAUUGAAUCAUGUUCGAAAAGUUCUUCAUGUGAUCAAUGAUCUGAUCGAGUCUCGUGACAUAAUAAACCUUGUGGAAUUCAUCAAGAAAUAUGUGUUAAAGUUCAUUGUGAUUGAUAUCAAUGAGAUUCUUCUUGAAUAUUUGGAACUUCGUGAAGUUUCAUUUUGCCGUAGAUAGAGCGAUAUUUGGGAAGAAAAAUGACGGAUUUAGGAUUUUAUGAAAUGGCCAUGAACUAUAUAAUAUAAUACAAAUGAUUUAUUCAAGGAGAUUAGUGGAAUU